AUGCUCCGCUCUGAGGUGCAGGUGAUUCUGGUGGCUCUGCUCUCCUCUGGGCUGCUGGUCAGUGGCGCUCCACGCAGGGACAUGCAGACGGGAAGACCGAGAGCAGAACUCACAAACGACAAGGCUCUCGCUCACUUGCUGCUGUUGCAGUUUGUCUCUGAGCUCAUGGCGACGAGAGUAGAACAGAUGCUGCCCAAGCUGGAGGAGGAGGAGGAGCAGGAGGUGGAGGAGGACGGGGAGGACGGGGAGACGGGAGGAAGAGUGGAGCUGAUGCGGCGGCACCUUCCCCUCUCUCAAAGAGAACGCAAAGCAGGCUGCCGCAACUUCUUCUGGAAGACGUUCACCUCGUGUUAA